AUUCUUCGUAGUCUUUUUUUUUCUUAACACAUGCUGGAGACUCGUCAAUCUUGAUUCCUGGGGCUGUGAAGCCGGUAUGCUGAUACUGUCUCGCGCGCGAUGACUUUAGUCAAUUCGAGCUCUCUCUCCCACCAUGAGGCCUGGCGCCUCUUCCUCUUGGUGGCAGUAUGCGUCGGCAUCCUGUCCAAUACAUUUCAAGGCGAAGGGGCACCCCUGAUCGCGUCAGUUGCCUUCAGUGGCAUUGCAUUUGCAGUGACAUUUAGUAUGAUCCGUUGGCUCGGGCCUACUUUCCUCAAAGCAGGGCUGAAGGGGAAGGAUAUGGCCAAACCGAAUAGGCCCGAAAUACCAGAGACCAUGGGAGCUGUUUGCUCCAUUGUAUAUCUCCUUGCGCUCAUCUUCUUCAUCCCUUUCGCAUUUUACAAAGAUAUCGUGGCAGCGACCUCCGGGGGAGGUAAUCGCGAUGUUGUUAUUGAAACCCAACACGUUGAGCAUGGUCGCAUGCUACAUCGGUUCCCUCAUGCAAAGCUUGCCUCCUACCUCUCCGGGUUGCUCUCUCUUCAAUGCAUUGUUAUUCUCGGGAUUGGCGAUGACUUGCUCGACAUUCGAUGGCGGCAUAAAGUUCUCAUCCCCGCCUUUGGUGCGAUCCCAAUGCUUAUCGUAUACUUCGUGGAUUUCGGGGUCACGCAAGUGGUUGUGCCCGUUCCUCUGCAGCCCUAUCUGGGACCGUUCAUUGAUCUCGGAUGGCUGUAUUACGUGUACAUGGCUGCUGUGGCCAUCUUUUGUCCCAACUCGAUCAACAUGUUGGCGGGGGUCAACGGAGUGGAGGUUGCGCAGUCGCUCGUGAUAGCAGUCUUGCUGAUUGCGAAUGACGCACUGUACCUUGCGCCGGUGACGCCUUACCCGCAUCCUGCGACUGACUCGCAUCUGUUCUCGCUGUACUUUCUCUUGCCAUUUCUCGGAGUAUCUUUGGCCCUUCUAUGCCACAACUGGUACCCCUCCAAGGUCUUUGUCGGGGAUACGUACUGCUAUUUUGCAGGAAUGGUCUUUGCUGUUGUCGGCAUUCUUGGCCACUUCAGCAAAACACUGCUCCUCCUGUUCAUCCCGCAGAUCUUUAACUUCGUAUAUUCCACCCCCCAGCUGUUCCAUCUGAUCCCAUGUCCACGCCAUCGCCUACCAAAAUUCAAUUCCGUGACCGGGCUGUUGGAUGCAUCCGUGACGGAAUGGGCGGUACCGCCUGCGCCACUGAUCGCCGCCGCAUUGGAACUCCUGCACAAGCUGCGCCUGGUUCGCGUCACCAGAAACGAGAACGGUCAAAUCGUGCAGUCCACGAAUCUCACUAUUCUCAACCUGUGGCUCGUUUGGAUGGGUCCGAUGAGGGAAGAUCGGCUCGCAUUGAGCAUGGUUGGUCUGCAGACUGUGUGCGGGCUAUUAGGGCUUUUUGUGCGACACCGUUUAGCUCUGCUUGUUUUCCGCGAGGACAACCGGGCGUUCAAUUAUGUAUAGAUGCCGCUGAGCUUCGACUCGUAUAGAUAGGUACCGGUUUCGAGCAUAGACUUAUUCAUAGC